AGUGUACAUAUGUAUAUAUAUCUCAUAACAAUGAGAUAACAGUGAGAGGAAUAUAACAAGAGGGAGUGAGAAGGUUAUGUUAAAAAAAAAAAAUAAGAAAUAAAAAUAAAGGUAAAGUAAACUGAUUGCCAGUGGUUAAACCAUGUAAAAGUGUAUAAGAGUGGGAAAUAAAAUAGUAGAGAGGGGAAGACAUCAGCUGUUCAAUGACAGUUCACCAGCCGUAGAAAUAGUAGUGGGAGUUGACUGGCAGGAAAGGCAAUAUGGCUGUCCACUGAGCGCCUGCCUCGUACGUCCGCUCUACAGAACAAAGAAACAACGCAGUAGUUGAAAAAAAAUUUGAUUUGGCGCGUAGUCGCGUUAUUACGCGCGUGAAUAAUACUUAGGACUUAACAAGAACAUUCGGGCUAAGCAUUAUUAAUAAUAAUUAUCAAAAAAGUAUAAUGCUGGAGCUCGAAGUUGUGCCCGAAAGAUCCAUUGGUUGUGAACAGUGGGAAUUUAUUUUAGGAAUGCAUUUUUCUCAAUCGGUAUCGAUAAUACAAUCACAAGUGGGCAUUAUUCGUGGAGUACAAGUUCUUUAUAGUGAUACUAAUCCACUAGAAGUCGAUUUAGUUAUUAAUUUACCGCACGAUGGAAUACGACUUAUUUUUGACCCAGUCGUGCAGAGGCUGAAAAUUAUUGAAAUAUAUAAUAUGAAACUGGUGAAACUCAAAUAUUGUAGUUUGCCAUUUAAUUCACCUGAAGUAUUACCAUCAAUUGAACAAAUUGAACAUUCAUUUGGUGCAACGCAUCCUGGUGUUUACGACAGUGAUAAGCAGGUCUUUGUACUAAACUUUCGAGGACUAUCGUUUUAUUUUCCAAUCGAGUCCAAAUUUCAACCUGGUUAUGCACAUGGACUUGGAUCAUUGCAAUUUCCAAACGGGACUUCACCGUUGGUUGCUAAAACUGCUAUAUAUGUCGGUAGUAUGUCUGGUGGGUCAUCAGGAAGCGAAGAACACUGCCUUAAAGCUCCACCACCACCAUUGCCAUUGGUCUGUUAUCACAAUAAUUUAUACUUAGAAAAAGCUGAGGUAAUCAGAGAUAAAACAAAAACACGGGGCUUAAAACUAUACCUUUUUACUGAAGGAAGUUCUGCUACAAGGGUUCUAGUAGAAACUAGAAGACACAAUCUUAUGAAAGAGGUAUGGUUUGGAGAUAGCUGUGAAGACGUAUUGAGUGCACUUGGAGCACCAUCACGAGUGUUUUUCAAAGCAGAAGAUAAAAUGCGGAUUCACAGUCCACAUGCUCAUAAAAAAGAUCGAACUCGGCGGUCAGAUUUUUUUUAUAAUUAUUUUACUCUGGGGAUGGACGUUUUAUUUGACGCAAGAACCCAUUGUGUUAAAAAAUUUGUGUUACAUACUAAUUAUCCAGGGCAUUAUAAUUUUAAUAUGUAUCAUCGUUGUGAAUUCACCCUUGCACUACCUCCUGAAAAUAAUUCCAAUGAUUCUGGCAAACUUAUUGACGUUAGUCCAACUCCAGUUACGAUCACUGCCUAUACAAAAUGGGACAAAAUUAGUGAGCAAUUGAAGGCAAGUGCUCGUCCUGUAGUGUUGAAUCGUGCGUCUUCUACAAACACAACAAAUCCAUUUGGUUGUACUUUUUGUUAUGGCAUACGUGAUGUCAUAAUUGAAGUAAUGGCAAAUCAACACAUCGCAAGUGUAACACUUUAUUCAACUGCGUGACCUUGGUAAGCCACUGCAUUUUAUGUUAUAAAAAAAAUUAGUUUACUAAAUGAGAAAUAAUUCUCGAACGAAUUCAGAAAUGGUAAUAUGUUAUAUAUAAAAAUAUCGUUUGUCUAUUCAUAUUGGAUUCUGUUGUUAUCACUUUUUCGUAAAUAUAUCUAUUUAUUUUUACAAUAUAUAUUAAUUGAUAUAUCACAAUAGUUGAAUCGAAAAAUUGAAACACGUACUAUGGUGAAAAUUUUUUAUCUUUCGGAAUGAAAAUUAGAUUGUUAAUAUUUAGUUGUUUUUAUAUUUAUUUUUUAAUGAUAUAUAAAAUCUAUAAACUUAUAAUAAUAAUAAAAAUCAUUAAAUAUAUUAACUCGAUAUUAAUAUUUUUGAUUAAAGCAUUGUGAUGUAUCACACACUCUAAUAAUACGUAUGAUAUAGAGUAAAAAAGAUUUUAAGCUUUCCAACGGAAUCCAUAAGAUAUUUAAUAUAUUUCUUAUCACUUAAUAAUGGUGAAAAGUAAUAGGUAAAAAAUAAAAAAAAAAACUUAUAUGUGAUAAAGAAUAAAAAAAAAUUAAUAAAACCAGUAACAUUUGAUAAUAAAUAAAAUACAUAAUAAAAAAUAAAUAUAGAGUGAGGGAAUUAUGUUAUAUUGUUAAUAAAUACAAGUAUCAUUGGUCAUUAUUAACGCAAUUUUAAUUGCAAUAGAAUUUGAUAGGUAUAAUAGAUGUCAAGUUAUUACACUAAUUAGUUAUUUAUAUUAAACAGAAAAAAAAAUUCAACGUUUGUGAAUUUAUUAAAUUGAGUGAUAUAAUUUCCUGUAGCAUUUUUCAAACAAAAUACUGUUGUGAAUAACAGAGUUAUAAAUCAUUCAAGUAAGUCAUUAAGUAUAAUAGACAGUAUUUCUGAAACAAUAUAUUUUUAUUUUUAUUCAAUUAAAUUGAAAAUUAAAACGAAUAGUCAAUUAGACAUACUCGUACUCUUUGAUAUUUAUUUGUGUCUCAUUUAUUAAUCAUACUGAGUGAUUAAUUAAAGUUAAAAAUAACAAAAAAUUCAUGAAAAGUAAUAACAAUUUUUAAA